AUGCAUUUCAUCCUCAUCCUCAUCGUCGUUGCUGCUUUAACAUCAUCAACCUCUGCCAUCCCCACUCACGCAUGUCCCAGUACUUGCUUCAGUGAUGCAGAGUGCCAGGUCUGCGAUAUGGCAUGCUACCCCGAAUUGGCCUUCUGCGGAGGCAGCAUUGGUGGAGUUGGCGUAAUUUUCGUUCGAUUGGGAAAUGUUAGAUAUGACGUGCCUAAUUCAUUGCGAGCUUCGGCAGGAUGGGUCCCGGCAGGCAAAAUACGCGAUAAACGCAGAAUCAUAGACGGGUCUGUAGAUUAUGUUCGUAUAUUUGACGAAAGUAUAUACAUCUCCUUGGAAGGAGAGGGGAACUCAGACUGUGUAUCUGGAAAGGCGCUCCGAGCAAAUUACCAUAGCCACCAUGAACACUUCUAUUCAUGCAGCGAGGUUGUUGCGGUUGUGGUUGUACUUGUGAUUGCCCAGGAACAUUGGCCGGCACCUGAGAUAGAAAUGACAUCAAACAGUUAA